GCUCUGGGCUCUCUAAACAUCGACACCUUCCACCACCCUUCCUCCGACACAUCCACCUGACCCGGGACCCUUCCUUACCUUCCUCGAACCAACGCAUACUCAAAGGAUCUCUACUUCACAAUGGCGUACAUCGCGAACCCCCGAACAGUCUUGGGCGAGCUCGGCGGAAAACACCUUCAGAAUCACAAGCUUGUUCCUGACGCCACCGCUCAGCCCCGCUACAGCACUCAACGAGCCUCGGGCUCGGACAUUGCAUCUAAAAGUCUUCAGACUACCGAAGGCCACGGUGACGGGCAAGCUACCACCGAGGGGGCUUCCGAGGAAGACGAAGAAGACGAUAGUGCCACACUUCAAGACGACAACGAGACUGACGACGACAUUCCAGUCUCGUAUCGUGGCCGUGGCAAAGGAAAGGGCAAGGGCAAAGGCCCUGUCAUUCGCGUCGAGCCUGUCGACAAUGAGGAGACCGACAAAGACGAUGACGAGACUUCGUCCAACGGAAUGGGUCUCAUUCCUAGCAAGCAUCCAGUGAACCAGCUGCUCAUGCAAAACAAGAAGCGUACCUUCAGCAACCUUUCAAGCACAUCGGUCCUUUUCGGAGAUGAAAUAAUUGAUCAGGAAGUAUUCCCCAGGCGUAAGAUGGCAAGAAAGCUCAGCAACGUGGGUCCCAAGCCCCUACUAACCUACCAAGAGAGUGACACAAAUGAGCACGCCAUUGACAGCGACGAUGAAGAUUACAGCGGUGUCAAUCUGAUUCCUGAUGACGAUGAGUUUGACCCGGAGACGAUGGAGCUGCAAGAAGAGAACUUUAUUGCACAAGAGCAGGAGCAACAGGCGACCGCUCUUCUCAACCAGUUUCGUGAUGCUCGCCGACUCAGUCUCGAGAGCUCUGCCAGUGAUGACAUCUUUAGUGUCACUGCACCUCUUAACGAGUCUUACAUGGCCGGUCUGACUGACUUUGGUUUCGCUCAAUUCUUCGAACCAGAAGCUCUGCCCGCGUCCCCUGAUCCAGCUGCCAAGAGGAAGUACUCAGACAGUUCAACGAAGCGUGUCCGCUUCGACGACGAGGUUCAAGUAUCAGAGGACUCCGAGUCUGAGUCUUCAGAGCUCGACAACAGUGUCUUUCCCGAUUUGUUCCUUGAACAGGACAAGUUGCCUCCCAUCUUGACUCAGCUGUUGGAGGCCGAGAAUGACGACGAUUACGGCGACGUAGGCUCUCCCAUGUCCGAUGCUUCGUUCUGGGACUUCAAUCACGACGAAGCACGCAUCACCCAGGCGGAUGACUCUGAUGAUGAAUCGUCUGCCGGCUCUAGUGGCUAUGAAACCGACGAGGGCGACACUACUGACGAAGAAGACUUCGGGUCCGACGUACCUCCGCAAAAACCUCUAGCAAAGAAGUCUGUGCUGCAACAGCCACAAUCAGCACCAGGCUCUAGGGCAGGUACACCCAAGCCUUUCGCACGAAGCAACCCACCCACAGGUCGUCAAAUCCCUCCAAUGCGAGGAGUCUUUGUCCACAAGGAGUCGAACGCCGCGAUUGCUAUCACAAACAGAGCUACCAAGACAGUGACUUUCUACCGUCCCCGCGUCCAAGCCAUUCCAUGGAUCCCUAUACAUGGCACCCACAGCAGUACAAGCAGCACCGCCAAUAACAGCCCCCGAGCUUCACUUGCCCAGUUCGCCAAUGUCUCGGACAGUGAGGCUGAAGCUAUGAAUAACGCGCUCAGCACAGAUAUUAUGCUCACAGGUAUCUUUGGAUCUGCCCCCGGCAACGACUACUUCUUCAGCAACGACAAUGUUGGUCCUCCAGAGGCUUUCUAUCCCUUUGUCAGCUUCGGGUCAAACGGAAGCAUCGACGCUUUCGACGAGGACGAUUUUGAGUCUGAGGAUUACGAGGAUGAUCUCAACAUCGGCGACUUCAUGGACUUCGGUGAUGAGUCUGACAACAGCGACAUGGAAGACGACGGCGAGGAGACCGAUGCACCAACGACGCCGGGUGCCUCUCAGACCAACGGCGGUCGAUCCGUCGAGGCAACCCCAGUCAAGGAGACUACUGGCAACCGCAAGAGGACCACAUCGGAUGUCAUGCUCGAGCACUUCGACCGUGGAGUAGUCACUGCAUUCCGCAACAACCAGAACCGCUACCGCGAUGUCGCUUCGCUGCCUUCCGACCCGACAGCUCGCAAUGCUGUCUCACGUCCUGUUAGAUCUGGCAAGUCUGCUGACGCCCUCAUCACUCCCCUUCGCAAGCGUUCCAAGUCGAACAGGAUGGCGAAGUCUCCCAUGGCGCCCAUCCCGCAGAGCUCGCCGCUCGCUAGCGUCAGCAAGGCGCAAGGCUCGAUGGCUGCACCCCGCCGCCCACCUCCAAGGAUGGGCACCUUUUCUUAGGUGUUUACACAC